AUGGUGCUCUCCUUCUUCUUGCUAAUUCUCCUGGGUCUCCCAUGGGUGGACACCACUGUCAACAAUUCCAGUGGAUUAGACAACAGUACUAGUGGCUUGGACAAUGACAUGGAAGUUAUGCCAAGGUGGGUUCCUAAAAUUAAAUGCAAUACAUGUGAGCUCGAAAACACCUUCCAAUGUGAGCAUCACGUGGAUUGUCAUGAAAAUAUCAGACGAUGUCUGACACUCGCCAUACGUGUGAAUCUUCGACUGCUCUACGUCUACAAGGACUGCACAAAGAAUUGCUCAUUUGUAUAUCAUAGUCAAGUUCCUCCAGAAUCCCCUAGACUGCUUAGAAGUGUCAAGAGCUUCUACUUUGUCUUGUGCUGUUCAGGCACAUUUUGCAAUGAGGGAGGACCCCAUAAUAUAGAGAGGGACUUGUUACCUGAAUCAUCGAUCGAGGAAGAGGAAAUUGCAAGAGCUGUGUCUCUGGGGCAGUUCAAUCUUCUCCUGUGUCCUGCCUUAAUACUCUCCUGCAGCAUACUGACCUGA